AUGUUGGUUCCGAAUAUCGCGACAAGCAGAAGCCUGCCAAAUCCCACUCCUUGCUUGAGUUACUGGCAGCGAACAACUCGAGCAUAUCCACAUUUGUAUGCGAAUAUCGAUGCAACUGUUCCAUCGAACUCAAAAUAUGUCAUCGUGGGAUCUGGUAUUUCUGGCGGUUUGACGGCCUUCAAACUGAUCGAAGGAGGGGCCAAGGCCGAGGAUAUCGUGAUUCUCGAGGCGCGAGAGGCUGCCAGUGGUGCGAGUUCACGAAAUGCUGGACAUGUGCGACCAGAUGCCUUUCGGGGUUUCAGUGCAUAUUCCAAAGUGCAUGGAGAGCAACAAGCGUUGAAGAUCAUCCAGGAUGAGCGACUCGUCCUAGAAAAAGUCGAUGAAUUUGUCAAAAAGCAUAAUGUGGAAUGCGACUUCAACUUGACAACCACGUUUGAUGUCUGCAUGACCCCUGAAUUUGCGGCUUACGAGGCAGAGAGCCUGGAAGCGUUCAAGAAAGCAGGCGGUGAUACCUCGCACAUCACGUUCUAUGAAGGGGAAGAGGCACAGAAGAAGACCAGAGUCCCCGGAGCUGUAGCGGCCUAUGAAUGGCCAGCAGGCUCAAGCCACCCGGCAAAGCUUGCACAGUUUCUUCUUCAGGCAGUGAUAUCCAAGGGUGCGAAGCUCUUCACGUUUUGUCCCGCCACUGAAGUUGAACGGAGCAGUGACACAGAAACCUGGAAGAUACACACACCUCGGGGAAUUAUAGAAGCAGAGAAAAUCAUUCAUUGCACGAAUGCCCAUGCUGCCUUGUUGCUACCGCAGUUGGAGCCUUACAUUCGGCCAAACCGCGCGCAGGCUCACUCUAUCGUGCCUGUUCCAGCUUUCUCUGGGGAAAAGGCUCUACAGAGCACUUUCUCGCUCCGCUAUAGCCUCCUCCACUUCUACUCCUUGAUUCAACGGAAGGGAGAUGGCACAAUGGUGCUAGGCGUAUCGCGAUCAAACCCAACAAUGAGCGCUGAGACAAGGGCUGGUCGAUUCAGCACUGAUGAUUCCCGGUAUAAUGAAGAAAUUGCCGAAGAAGCUUUGCGGACUUUUAGUCAGAUGUUUCCUGCUUAUUCAUCCCAGGCUGUCAUGCACGGUGAGGGCCUGGAUCAUGUUUGGACUGGAAUAAUUGGCAUGACUACGGACUCUGUUCCGUUCGUCGGGGCAAUCGAUUCCCUCCCUGGGCAGUAUAUUUGUGCUGGAUUCAAUGGCCAUGGUAUGGCCCGGAUAUUUACAUGCGCUCCGACUGUCGCCCAACUUGUACUUGGCAAGACCUGGGAUGAAACGGGGCUGCCAGAAUGUUUCCAAUUUAGUGAGGAAAGGCUCGCACGGCUUUCAAAUGGAGAGUUGCCUUCAAUUUGGUAG